AUGGAAGCCUAUGCUAUCCUCUCCGUUAUCUGCAAUGUCUUCCAACUCAUCGAACAGGCCAUCGGUGCCGCUAAAGUCUGCAAGGAAAUCUACGACCGCGGUUCUCUAGAUGAGAACGAUAAGAUUGAGAAAUACGUCGAGGACCUCACGGCCUUGAACAAGGAUUUGGUCCUUGUUCUCAACAACAGCAACCCUACGACCCUACCUCCUCGUGCCAAUAAGCUACAGCAACUUGCGAACGAUGUCUCAAAGACAGCGGUGGAGCUCAAGAAGGAGCUCAGUCAACUGAAACUCAAGAAAAAGCAGGGCGUCAAGGCCAAGGGCAUCGCAUUCCAGAUGAUGUUCAAAAGUUUUCGUAGAAGGGAUACUAUUGACAAGCUUCGAGCAAAGCUGAAGCGGCAGGAAGCGGCUUUGCAAUCUUGCCCGGUGCAAGAUCUUCAUAUCAAGGCCGACCAGGACGUCUUGUUUCGACAAAAGGAGUUCGCGGCCUUGUCGCAAGGCCAAAAGGACACCAUCACAAAACUAUUAGGUCACAUUCAACAAGCCUCAACUGACGUUAAAUCUUCAGUCACAGCUGCAGAGACAAACAUAACGUCAUCAAUCACAACUGCACAGGCAAAUAUAACGGCACAGCUGAACAGCCAGCAAUAUGCUCAUACGAAAUAUACUCAAGAUCACGAAUCGAAUGAUCUCAGAAUGCGAGUUCUAGAUAGCCUGGCUUUUCCCCAAAUGUACGAUCGGCGCAAAAUGAUUGAUAACCAUGUGGGCGAGUUCCGUAACACCUAUCACUGGAUAUUCUAUCCACCACCUCGCACCGAUUCUCAUCAGCAACAUGAGUUUGUUGCAUGGCUUCGAGAAGGCAGGGGAAUCUUUUGGUUUAGUGGAAAGCCUGGAAGUGGAAAAUCGAGCCUCAUGGCCUAUAUUUACCAGAAUCUUCACACGGGCCAAGUUGGCUUUGAUCAUCUGAAUGUCUGGGCCCAGCCGCAAUCUGUCCGCCUACUCAGUUUCUGGUUCUUCAGGCCCGCCAGCUGCGUGUUUCUGAAAUCUUUGGAAGGGUUUUGGAGAUCACUGUGUUUUCAGAUCCUGGAAGCAGACGAGACGCUGGUCGAAACGAUCCGUGACAACAACAACGGCUCGGCUCCUGAAACUCUCAGGUCAUUCUUUGGCCAAGUACGACCGCAUGCUGAAAGUUGCACGAAUGCUGAGCUCAAGGCCUGGUUCAUAUACUUGGUAACACAUUCGCGAUACCGUUUCUGCAUCCUGGUUGAUGGUCUUGACGAAGUUGAGGAUGAUGGUGAGCGCAGAUCUCUACUCGAGGUUAUACAGCAUAUCGGAAAACUUACUGGAAAGGUCAAGCUCUGCUGCUCAAGUCGACCCGAGCGACCGUUCCACGACACUCUCUGUCAGUAUCCUUCGCUGAGAUUACAGGAUUACAAUUACGAAGACAUCGAGCUACACUGUCACAACCGGCUUGGUAAAACUAAAGCCGCAGGUUACACUUGGCACAUCGCCAACAGCGCCCAGGGCGUCUUCCUAUGGGCUGCUUUAGUUGCCACGCAAAUUUUGUCUGGUAUAGAACAGGGUGACAGCGACGCAGAUCUCGAUCUGCGCUUGGCAGAAUGUCCUGCCGAAAUGGAUGAACUCCUCAUGCUUUUACUCAAGAGACAGGACAAAUUCUAUGUAAAGCAUCCGAAACCAUAUCUGAGCCUGAUUGCUGUGGCGACGCUCGCUGGAUGUGACAUCACCCUGUUGGAACUACUUCUUGCGUCUCAGGAACAGAACGAGCUCGCUGCCAAUUUCCCAGACAACGUUCUUCCAUAUUGUCAAGAACUCUCUAAUCUCCCAGCCAUUGACAGGGCUCAAAAUGUGAUUACCCGGUGUGCAGGUCUUGUUGAAUGUGUGGAUAAUGUCUUCUACGACAACUCCGAAGCGUGCCAUUCUGAACCUCUAACCACGUUGCAAAAUACGAGUGUGCGAUUUAUACACCGAUGUGUGUACGAUUUUCUACUCGACAAAGACCGGUGCGGUACCGCACUUGUUGAUGCUUGUGGCAUAUCUGAGCAAGAAACAUUCAAGCGAAUGGUGCUAGCCUCUGGGAUAUAUUUCAUCAUCAACAGCAACAGCAAACUUGCACCUACAUGGAUAUGUAUGCUCUACAGCCAAGGGGUACCCAAGAGUCACUGGACUCCGCUUGAAACAACUGUCCUUGAUACUGUCUUCUCGGUUCAGCAAGCGCGAUUUCCUAUGCCACUUCCCAUGCAAACUGCCGGUUUAGAUGAUGAGGGGAGACCUCUCUUCCAUGACUACGACCAUAAUUACCGUCAAGAAAUUUGGUGUCCUCAUCUCUCCUCUGUCGACAAUCGCCUACUUUACGAAGCUGCAAAUUACUGCGUAUUGCCCUAUCUCGAGGAAAAGCUGGUAAAUUUCGACCAGAAAUACAGGAUCCUCGCCAUUGAAUUCUGCAUCCUGUGCCUGAUCCGCACUGACGGCUGCUUUCGUAACUUGGGUGGUGUUAGCCACUUCCUGGGCCUUUUCCAAACAAAGCUAUCAUUGAGUCAAGAUCUCACAAUCUUUUACGUGCCUGGAGAAUUGGAUGGAAGUUUCUUGUCGACGUGCCCGUUCUAUGAACACGUCCACCUCGCAUCAGCUGCAUUACUCUCUCGAUGGGGUGCUCGAUACACGACGAAGGUUAGGCAAGAUUUGAGGGAAUUGUGCUCAAGUCUUCGGCCUGGAAAUGGCAUCAGACCACGCAUUGACGGUUGGUCCAUUAUGGACACAAAUUAUCAAACAAAUUAUCAUUAUGUCAUUGACGCUUUCCCUGUACCGGACCAAGGAGCAGCAUUUCGGAAGAACUCGAAGUGGGAUCAUGUUUUGGCCACUUCUAUGUUGCUACACGAACCUGAAGAGCUGAGUUUCUCCCAGUAUUCUCCAUCGGGAUCUGAUUUCUUCUUCGAUGUCGAGCCGAGAAUCAGUACGGCUCUAUCGCAACUGUUAGUAGGAGAAUCACGGAUUAACGAUGCUAGACAUUUCAUUCUGUCAGGGCACUUCGCGGACAUCCUUAAUUGCCAUUUAGAUGUAUUAACGCCUUGGAACAUUGCGUCAAUUGUCAGUAGCGGCAUCGUCAGUGUCGGCCCUUACAAUCACACUCCUCUCAUCUUUUCAAAAGGCCGAUUUAAAGGCGUGGGUAAGUACGAGGCAGGAUUCUGGGGACGGCGUUUGAGGCGUGGAAAAUUUGACGAGCAUUUCGAGUCUGGCCCUGAGAAUGACCCUAUUCUGAAAGAAAUUAUGGACGUCCUCAAGGACCACUGGCGCCCUGAUCCUGUCUAUCAUGAGACAAGUGAUGAGGACGGGGACGGGGAUGUGGACGAGGACGGGGAUGUGGACGAGGACGGGGAUGUGGACGAGGACGGGGAUGUGGACGAGGACGGGGAUGACGGGGAUGUGGACGAGGACGGGGAUGUGGACGAGGACGGGGAUGUGGACGAGGACGGGGAUGUGGACGAGGACGGGGACGGUGUGGACGAAGAGCCUUCUGGGACAUGA